UAGGCACAGGAGCAGAUGUACAGGGUGUGUCUGACUCACGCUCAAGCUUGCAUAAGCAAGAUUUCAAAAUUAAUCCUACUCUGGAGACCUUAACCUAGUGUACAACGAUCCUGGCUGGAAAAGAAGAACUAUAGCACUUGUUUUUGGGUUUUUUUUUUUUUUCAAAUCUUUACCAUUACUUGCCCUUGUAUCUCCGCCUUCUCUUUCUGCAGGAAACUUUAUUUCCUACUUCUGCACACCAAGUUUCUACCUUCAGAUCUGUUUGUUCAGCUGCUGAGAAGCCUGACACACCAGUGCCACUUGGAAGAAGCCAUCCAUUGGACAGAGAAAAAUGGAUGGCAACAACACAUUUCCCCAGUUCGGCCACAACAUGCUGUCCACAUCUCAUUCUCUGCUUACAACGAAUAUCAAGGGGAAGGAUGAAGACCCCACCACUAGUUAUGAUUAUGAUUACAGUGAGCCCUGCAGAAAAACAGAUGUGAAACAAAUUGCAGCUGGUCUCUUGCCCCCGCUCUACUCGUUGGUGUUCAUCUUUGGUUUUGUGGGCAACAUGCUGGUUGUCCUCAUCCUGAUAAACUGCAAAAAGUUGAAGAGCAUGACUGACAUCUACCUGCUCAAUCUGGCCAUCUCUGAUCUGCUUUUUCUUGUUACUUUACCAGUGUGGGCUCAUUACGUUACGAAUGGGUGGGUCUUGGGGGAUGAGAUGUGUAAGUUAUUCACAGGGCUGUAUCACAUUGGCUAUUUUGGCGGAAACUUCUUCAUCAUCCUCUUGACAAUCGAUAGGUACCUGGCUAUUGUCCAUGCUGUGUUUGCUUUAAAAGCCAGAACUGUCACCUUUGGGGUGAUGACAAGUGGGGUCACUUGGGUGGUGGCUGUGUUUGCCUCUCUCCUGGGAAUCAUCUUUACCAAAUCCCAAAAAGAAGACUUCUUGGAAUCUGAGAAAGAGUCUGUUUACUCCUGCGGCCCUUAUUUUCCACCACAAUGGAGGAAUUUCCAUAUAAUAAUGAGGAGCAUCUUGGGCCUGGGCCUGCCACUGCUGGUCAUGAUCAUCUGCUACUCAGCAAUCCUGAAAACCCUGCUUCGGUGUCGCAAUGAAAAGAAGAAGCACAAGGCCGUGAGGCUCAUUUUCGUGAUCAUGAUAGUGUACUUUCUUUUCUGGGCUCCCUACAACAUCGUCCUUCUCCUGAGCUCCUUCCAGGAAAUCUUUGGCUUGAGUAACUGUGAGACCACCAGUCGGCUGGACCAAGCCAUGCAGGUGACGGAGACGCUUGGGAUGACGCACUGCUGCAUCAACCCCAUCAUCUACGCCUUCGUCGGGGAGAAGUUCAGAAACUACCUCUUGGGGUAUUUCCGAAAGCACAUCGUCAGACGCUUUUGCAAAAGCUGUCCUGUCUUCCAGGGAGAGGCUCCCAAGCGAGUAAACUCCGUUUAUACCGGAUCUACCGGCGAGCAGGAAAUCUCUGUUGGCUUGUGACUUAGAGUGGUGUUUAUACACAGCCUGGGGCUGGGAGCAGUUCUUUUAAAAAGGAACCUACUAUCAUAGAGGGUCUAAGAUCCAUCCAUCUAUUUGGCGUCUCUUUUAAGUAUAUUAGAUACUUUAAGCCCAUCAAUUCCAGAAAGCCAAAUCCAUGUGUUGAUGAGAUAGCAGCCUUCUCAUGUCCCCUCCAUGUGCAUCAAUUUAUUGGGAAACUCUCCCUUCACUGCAAAAGUUCAUUAUAGGAAAGAAAAACUCCUCAGAGAAUUGCUGAUUCUUGGGUUUGCUUACCUGAACAGGAAUAACCAAAUGAAUUGUAUAGCUUCUUACCUGUGCAAGGCAAUGUACGGUUUGCAAAUGUGCUUAAAAUAGGUCCUUGUCUUGCUGUGAGGAAAAAGGACAUGAAUGUGAUCCACUAAGAAAAAACAUCUUGGGGCCGGCCCGGGGGCAUAGUGGUUAAGUUUGUGUGCUCUGCUUCGGCGGCCCAGGGUUCAAGGGUUCAGACCCCGGGCGUAGACCUAC